AUGCAGCAUUAUCACGUCAAGCAGGAUCCAACCCUCGCCACGCGCUCCAGGGACUUGAGCAGGGAGUGUCACAAAAAGCUAUUCUACGCUGCCAGCAUCGUCGGUUGUCUGGAUCUCGUGACCGCCAUCACACCUCUCGAGCGCGCUGUCAACCCCUUCGACCCAAAACGUUCACCACCAUACCUUCACAUCCUCAUCUGGGAGGAGCACGUCGACCGUGGCGCUCGGAUUCACGUACCCAAUCGCGAGCUCCUGGAGUCAUGCUUUCCUCUCAGCCAAUACCCCGUCUUCGCGCCUCAGCAUGUCGUGCGCUACAACUUCUGGCGUCCUGGUGAUGCACGGAAUACACUGUCUCGGAGUACGAGAGCGUCCCCGGAGUAUUUGCAAGGCUGUGCUGUGGUCGAUUGCGAACGAGACAUGACGCUGGAGCUUACCUAUCGGCUUCGUAUGGUUAGUAAGACUGGGAGAGGGACUUGGUAUCAGUACUUGCAUAUGCAUGAGAGCUGGGAGCCUGCUAUUGAGAAGUUUUUGAGGGAGGGAGGGAGGAGGUGCUAA